ACGGCGGCGCGCCGGCCGUAGGAGAGGACCCCGUCGCGACCGCGUCCCCUCGGGUCCUUGAGCCGGCCCCGACCGCGAGCCAUGGCCUUGAGGCUGCUGAGACUGGUCCCGGCGUCCGUGUCCGCGCGGGGCCUCGCGGCGGUCACCCAGCGCGUGGGCGGCAUUCAUACAAGUGUACAGUGCAAGCUGCAGUAUGGCCCUUUGGCAUACAUACUUGGGGACCGAACAACCAAAAAACUGACAGAACGCAGCAAAGUGAUAACUGUAGAUGGCAAUAUAUGUUCUGGAAAAGGCAAGCUUGCGAAAGAAAUAGCAGAGAAACUAGGCUUAAAGCACUUUCCUGAAGCAGGAAUACAUUAUGCAGACAGCACUACAGGGGAUGGAAAACCCCUGGACGUGGAGCUCAGUGGCAACUGCAGUCUGGAGAAGUUCUAUGAUGACCCGAAAAGCAAUGAUGGCAACAGUUACCGCCUGCAGUCCUGGUUGUACGCCAGUCGCCUCCUGCAGUACGCGGACGCCUUGGAGCACUUGCUGAGCACAGGACAAGGUGUCGUAUUGGAACGCUCCAUCUACAGCGACUUUGUCUUCUUGGAGGCGAUGUAUAACCAGGGGUUCAUCCGAAAGCAGUGUGUGGACCACUACAAUGAGGUGAAGAAGGUCACCAUCUGCGAGUACCUGCCUCCUCACGUGGUGAUCUAUGUCGAUGUGCCCGUCCCCGAGAUCCAGAGUCGGAUCCAGAAGAGAGGAAACCCACACGAAAUGAAGAUCACCUCCGCCUAUCUUCAGGACAUCGAGAAUGCCUAUAAGAAAACCUUCCUUCCUGAAAUGAGUGAAAAAUGUGAGGUUUUACAGUAUAGUGCGAGGGAAGCUCAAGAUGCAGAAAAGGUGGUAGAGGAUGUUGAAUACCUCAAGUAUGACAAGGGGCCGUGGCUCGACCAAGAUGACCGGACUUUUCACCGUCUGCGGAUGCUGGUUCAGAAUAAGUUGGAGGUGCUGAAUUACACAACCAUUCCUGUCUAUCUCCCAGAAGUCACCAUUGGAGCUCACCAGAGUGACCGCGUCUUCCAUAAAUUCACAGAGCUGCCAGGCCGAAAGUACUGCCCUGGGUACAAUGCAGACGUGGGCGACAAGUGGAUCUGGCUCAAGUGACCUACCGCCUGCUGCUAAAGCUGCGUCGCAACGAUGAAGAAGCUGCCAGUCUGCCCGGCUCUCCUGGACGCCUUUAAAAUCAGGGGGAAAGUAAAUGAUUCAAAACUUGAACAGUAGAAGGAAAGGCCUAGCAAAAAGCAGUCUGCCCUGUAGUGUAGUUAAGGGUGUGGAAGGAAACUGCCGUCCCAAAGCAUUUGGAACCUUCUAGCUUGAUUUUGGAAUGAUCCGUAAUUAUCACUGAAAAAAAGAGAGAAGAGAGUCUGCUGUGAAAGACCAGAUAAACUAGAAGAAUUUCAUUUCCUCCCGGAUGGGUCCUGUGUCAUGCACAUUUUGUACAUUGUUCUUCACACCUCAAGAAAUAAAAGUUCCUGUGGCACUUCUCUCAGCAUACUUCUGUGCACACACACGUGUCACAUACGUGCACACAUGUGUCAUGUACACACACACGUCACAUACACGCACAUUCAUCUACCCUUGUGCUCACUGUUGGCUUUGGUGGGUAUGGUUUGAUUCACAUGUAUAUUAGGAUUGAAGAGUUUUUCUGAAGUAUUUAUUUUGUUUGUUUUAGCAGCCUAACUGCUACAUGAGAGAAAGGGAGAAAAGUGAAGAGAAAAUAUGAAAAAGAAGAAAUUGCCACCGAUUUAUAGAACAACGUAUUUGUUUUAAAAGAAAUUUUGGAAGUCUUAUUGAUGGCCGUCACCAUGUGCUCUCGCACGUAAUUCUUCCUCUGAAGGGAGAUUCCAGCUUCGUGUCAAUGGGAUAACAUGCCAAAUCAAAAUAAUGUACUCUCUUUUUUACCUAAAAAUCAAGUUGUCAAUCAAAAAUGAGUAAUGAAAGAGAAAAUCACAUUUCUUUGUUCACUCCUAUUGAAACUUAGAAAACAAAAGUAAAAUUGCUUGUCAGCUAAUUGUAGAAUUCAGCAUUUUAAAUGUUCAGGAGUUAAAGCUGUAAGCUGUGAAUCCUAUUAAAUUCUGCGUUUUUUACUAUA